AUGUGUAAAUGUAUGGACUAUUGGCAGUGUGUGACCACUGGAGGACAGUUAUACUCGUACUGUGCGUUCAGUAAUGAAGUUUGUUGUGUUAACAUUAAUGAGACGACACUGACCUAUGAUGACAGCCUAACUGAUGAUUAUAAUACAAGAAUAUUAUCAGAAAAUUGUGGUAAAAAAGAGUUUGACUCAAAUAUCGACAACUUUGCCGAGUUUGGUGAAUGGGGUUGGCAUGCGGCAAUAUUAGUGGCCGACCAGGACUUAUACUUAUGCGGCGCUGAACUUAUUGACCAGAAAUGGCUGUUAACUGCUGCCCAUUGUGUCGACGACUUAAAACCAGAUACUCUGAAAGUAAGAGUCGGUGAAUAUGAUGUGUCGACCAAUAAAGAGCCCGAAAUACAUGAAGAAUUACCAGUGAAUGACAUAUAUCUUCAUCCAAAUUUUGAUAACAAAACWCUUGUCAAUGACAUCGCACUGAUUCAACUGAACCGGUCGAUCACUAAGAGACCAAACGUUAACAUUGUUUGUCUGCCAAACAAUGACACCUUUGCUGCCGCUGAUGAUGACGACUAUAACAGCCAAUUGAUGGACACCAAGUGUUUCAUAACUGGUUGGGGAAAGAGAAAUGAAAGAGACGACUAUUCCCGGGUAUUAAAGGAAGUGGAUGUUCCCAUUUGGAACCGAACCCAAUGCCAACAGUCCCUGAGCGUACAUUUAGGGGCCAGCUAUCAGUUUCCCGAUACGGCCAUAUGUGGCGGCGAURUCGGACACGACGCYUGCGAUGGCGACGGCGGCGGCGGACUGUUUUGUCCGCACCGGGGAUUGUGGUAUCAAAUCGGUAUCAUUAGCUUCGGUAUCGGUUGCGGCCGUAAGGACAGUCCCGGUGUCUAUACAAAAGUUGGCUCGUAUUUAGAUUGGAUUUAUGAGACCAUAACUCCCCACUUAAGAUCUCAAUGA